AAAAAAGGGUAGAAAAUCUGCACCAUGGGUUUUUCGUUUGGUUUUUUUGUCUUCCAACAAUCAGCCCAAAGGAGAUAUAAGAUCUUGAGUUCCUGCAGCAAAAUGGGUGGAAGAGAUUUAGAAAUGAAGGUUCCAUGCGUGGAAUCAAAAUUACGAGUAUUUGCCUUUAGAAUCACCUUUUCCAGUCAGGUUGAUGACUUAAGAUCUAAUCUAAACACAAUUAAUAAUGCGACUAAAGAGUUCAAAGAGUCUGUUAAGUUGCGUCAAAUAAUGCAGACAAUUCUUACUUUGGGAAAUGCUCUGAAUCAGGGCACUGCACGAGUAUCUGCUGUGGGAUUCAAAUUGGACAGCCUUCUUAAAUUGUUUGAUACUCGUGCAAGAAACAACAAAGUGACUUUGAUGCAUUACCUUUGCAAGGAUGCUGCUGCAGAUCUCCACCAUGCUGCCAAGGGCAUUUUGUCGAAUAACCCAUUUAGUGCAGGAAGUUCAUCCCUCGUUUCUGCCAAUCGUCUGAUCUUUAAGUGGGACCUCCUACUGGCGAUUAUCUAUCAAGAAAAGUUUUUUAAUCCUCUUUUUGCUUUUCCUGGGCAUAAAGCAACCAGAGCCAUGCCUAGGAGAGUUGGAAAAGAAAUUGCACAACAAGUGGAUGUGGCUCCUGUGAGUCCAAGACAUUCUGAAGGUGAAAAUAGUCCGAAGCAUCUUCCACCUAUUUCUCCCUUGGCUGAUCGAUCAUAUGGCAAUCCCAUAUAUCGCAAUGAUGAUGAGGAGAAAGUUGAUUCUGCUGAGUCAAGCAAUAAAAUAUCUCAAGAACUUCAGCAGAUAAGAAAGCUACAAGAGGAAGCCAAUCAGAACAUGGAACGUAGUCUACAAAGCUUUCUACAAGCCCAACGAAAACAUUCAGAUCAUUUCACUCAAUGUUUGAAUGUUAUUGAAAGGGCCAUUCAUGACAGUUCUCGAGCUAUUCGAGAAGAAGUAGCAGAAAGUCGCAGAACCUUCACUGUAGCUUCUGAGAGAACCAUGGAACAUGUUCGACAGCAACAAAAUGUUCCAAGGCAACCCGUAUCUCCAGCAAUGGAAUUGCCACAGCAAAAUCUUCCAGAUCCUUUGCUCGGGGGGCACGGGGGGCAUAUUAAUCAGCCACAGGUGGUGCAGCAAAUGCCCAAUGCUCAAAAUAAUGCUCUUGGUGCUGGCCAAGUGCAGUUUAAUAGGCAGCAGCAAAACAAUCCUGCUGGUGGCAUCUUUGGACCACAAGAUCCUAUGGAAGCAGCAUUCCGUGCAGCUGAGCAGUUCAACGCCAAUCAACAAAGAUAUGCACCCCCUGCACGGCGUCCAAAUGCUGUCCCACAACCCAAUUUGCAGAAUAAUGUUUUUCAACCACUAGGGCUACAAGCAGCAGCUCCUCCCUUGGAUAGAAAUCAACUGAUUGAUCUAGUCCAUGAGACAUAUGGUCCAGCUCUGAGACCAUUGGUUCGUCCUUCCUAUCACAAGCCGUAUCCAGAUUACAUAGAUCAGGAUAAUCCAUUUCCUCGUGGAUUCAAAGUGCCUGAAUUUACUUUGUUUUCUAGGGAUGCAAGCCAGUCAACCAUUGAACACAUUGACAAGCCAGUAACUUGUCAUAAUCUAGUGAAAGUCACUCAACAGGUUGAGGCGGCUGCAAAGCGUCUCCCGUAUGAAUCUGGGAGACAAUACACAUUUGAUGUGACUAAAGCAAAUGAAAUCUUUGAUUAUCUGAAAAAGUCAGGACAUAUUAAGCUGCCGCAGGGGCAUAGGCUCCCGACGGUUGCUGAAAUUGCAUCCAAAGAUUACUGUAAGUUUCAUAACUCCUGGAAACACUCUACUAAUGACUGUGUUAUUUUUCGGAAUGUGUUGCAAGACAAGAUUGACAAAGGGUUGCUUUGUUUCCUUGAAAAACCCAAAGAAGCCAUGGGGGUUGAUGAGAAUCCUUUUCCAAACGUUGAUGUUGGAGUUAAUGUUGCUGACACAAGGAGCAUCUCUCGAAGGACGUAUAAAGGGCGAACUUUGGCUGCAGAUGACCUUCGUUGGGUGAUUGAGAAGGAAAGGGAACGUCGUGCCCAACAGAAUCAGAGGCUCGAGGGGCAACACCAUGCUGCCAGAAUCUAUGCAUCGAGAUCCAGGAUGAAGGAGGCUCGACAUACAGAUCACUCUCGUAUGGUUAAGCCUCCACAGCAACCUCCAAGUAAAAGGUGGGAGAAGGUCGUGCAUCCCAAGUUUCCAAAAGAACCUAUUGGCAGCAUCUUUAUUAAUCUCUCUUGUUUGGUUCUCACGCUUCCUUUGGUUUUUCAAGCCAAGGGCAGCGAGACUACCCAUGUUUCCAAUGGCAGCAUGCUUGUUGAGGAAGAAGUGAUAGAGGUUCCAGCCCAAGAAGAGGAAAAGGAGCAUAAUAUCCUUUCAGAACAAAUUAUCUUUAACAAACCAGAUGAAAAUGUGGCUCGUCAUAUAAAGCCACUUUACAUUUCAGCUCACAUGGAUGGAGCUUCAGUGAAUCGAGUCCUUGUCAACAAUGGAGCAGCAGUCAACAUCAUACCUUCUUCUAUGCUGAGGAAUUUGGGCAGCAAGACGUCAAUGAGUGCUUUCUUUGUUGUAGACUCUUCUGCAACUUAUAAUGCAUUACUGGGACGUGAUUGGAUCCAUUCGAGUUGGUGUGUUCCAUCUUCUCUCCAUCAAAGACUCAUUUUUUGGAAUGGAGGCAAAACUGAGGUGGUCUAUGCUGACAACAGACCAUUCUUAGCCAAUUCCAAUAUGGUGAAAGCACGGUACUAUGAUGAAGACGUAGGAACCAUCCGUUUCUUCGGCAUGGAUAGACAAGGAAGACCUCGUGGAAUCACUGCUUGCAACAAGCCUACCUUGGCUAAGUAUGUGGUUGACGAGGUGGUACAUGAAGGUGAAGAGGAUACCCAUACCGACGGAAUCACAAUGGAGGAGUUAGAUUUGGCUCCUGCAAAGCUGGAUGACCUCAGGGCCGAUGUACAAGAUCCAUUGAAGGAAGUUAAUCUGGGAACGGAGGCAGCGCCACGCAUUACUUUUGUCAGUGGCUUGCUGCCGCCAGAGAUGCGAGAUCAAAUAAUCUGUUUACUACAUGAAUUCAAAGAUUGCUUUGCCUGGGAUUAUUCUGAGAUGCCAGAUGUCAUCAAGUUCAUAAAAGAGGAUCUGAUCCACAGGUUUGGUCUUCCAGAGACUAUCACUUCUGAUCAAGGUACUACUUUUGUUGGAUCUCAAGUAGAGGCCUUUGCAAAAGACAUGGGAUUUCAUUUGCUUAAUUCAACUCCGCAUUAUGCACAAGCAAAUGGUCAAGCAAAGGCAUCUAAUAAGAUUAUCAUCAACAUCCUGGAGAAAAUGGUUGAUGAUAAUCCCAGGAGAUGGCAUGAGCUUCUUUCAGAUACUCUUUGGGCAUACAGAACCUCACAACGGAGUUCAACUAAGGUGACUCCAUUCUCACUUACUUAUGGUUAUGAUGCUGUCUUGCCUAUGGAAUUAACGGCAAGGUCUCUGCGGAUUGCAAUUCAAAAUGGCUUGGAUUCUGGGGAAUACAAUGAGGCCAUGAUCAUGGAGUUGGAAGACCUUGAGGAAGCAAGGCUAACAUCAUUGGAUGUGAUGAAGGCCCAGAAGCUUAAAGUGGCACGAGCUUACAACAAAAGGGUUAAGCAAAAGAAUCUAGCCGAAGGAAGCUUGGUUUGGAAGGCUGUGCUGCCACUUGGCAAGAAAGAUCUCAGAUAUGGUAAGUGGUCUCCUAAUUGGGAAGGACCAUUCCAAACUCAUAAAGUUCUUAAAGGAGGUGCUUAUUGGUUAAAAUCUUUGAAUGGGGAGUUGCAUCCGCGCAAGAUCAAUGGCAUCUACUUGAAACCAUAUUAUCCGACUGUGUGGGAGGCAAGGGAUAGUUCUGCCUCCACGUCUGCCCAGAGCGGCUUUGUUUGCAAAGCCGUGGGCAGCAUGAAUAAAGCAACUUCACUCUUUGCAGCCAAAGCUUCACGUCCUUCUUCCUUGAGCUCAACUAGUAAUUUACUCCUCUCGGCUCUAAGGGAUUUGAGGCUGCCUCCUUGCUGUAACUCUCAAGCAGGAAAUUGGCUAGCCAUGGCUGGAAUGGCUUGACAGAGACGAUGCGAAAACUAAAAAGACAAAAAGAGAGAAAUGGCUGCAAAUCUGUGAUGAUGGUUAUCGGAGGAGUGGCUGUGUUUUAUAAUGAAUUGCAGUUGAUCAU